AUGGAUUUCAAACUAUUAAUGGAUUGUAUGAAAACAAAAUUAAAUGUUGCAAAUCUUGUUGUAAGAGAUGAAAGUGAACUUAUACUUAAACAAGAGUUUGUGGACGCAAUACAACUGGCCUUUAGAGCACAGGUAGAUAGGGCUGACUUCAAGCACAAUGCAGUGGCAGAGACUGACAAAAUUAACCAAUGGAUCCGUAAACAGACAAACAAUAAAAUACAAGAGAUUUUUAAAAAACUCGAUGCAAUGACAUCUCUAAUAAUUUUAAAUACGAUUUAUUUUAAAGGUGAUUGGGAGGAAAAAUUAAACGGUUUGUCAACACUUAAGACUCGGAUAAAUGCCAUAAACUUUGAUAAAGCAUUUAAAUCAAUGGAUAGAGAGUAUGUAAAUCUAUUUUUACCAAAGUUUAAGUCAGAAAAAGAGUACGAUUUGAUGAAAGAUAUAAAUCCCAAACCAAUUGCAUUGACCACUGGAGCAGAUUUAUCACGACUGUCCACUUCAUGUGAUAAAACCGUAUCCCAAAUCAAACACAAAACUUUUAUAUCUAUCGAUGAAUACGGAACCGAAGCGGCGGCCGUUACAGCUGUUGUUAUGAAGGGUCGUUCGGGUCGUAUCAUUAUUUCCCAACCGAUUGAAUUUCGUGUGGACCACCCGUUCCUAUACUAUAUUAUUGACAAAACUAAUGGUAUGAUUAUGUUUUCCGGACAAAUAAACAAACUUUAG